AUGGCAAGCGCAUCAGACUCACCGCUGCCCUCAGGAUAUGGCGCUAAGCGUAAGCGUAUCAGUCGAGCAUGUGACCGGUGCAACAAGCUAGGGAGGAAGUGUCUGCCAGGCUCCGGCAACAUGUGCCAGUCGUGCGUCGACUAUGGUGACAACUGCACAUACGACCGACCGAUGGGGAAGCGCGGGGCUCCGCCCAAGGCCCAGCGGAUGAAGAAGGAGUUGCAGCGGACACUGUUGCCGGAUGGGUUGGGACAUGAGCAGAUCCUGCACCUCGUCAACGCCUGGUACACAGCCGUCUACCCCAUCUACCACUACUUCUCGUGGCGGCACUACGCCUUCGAUGUCCACGAGAAGAGGUACGAGCACGAUGCGGCGUUCCGCUCGACUGUGCUAGUCAUGUGCGCGAUCGCCGCUGCACGCAUUCGCGACGGCGCGUACCAACCCGCUUCGGGGCAAGUCGCAGAAAACGACAUCCCUGUCGAUCCGGACGUCCUGCGCGCUGCAGCCGUUGCGUCACUCGUUCCGAUGCCGCCUAACCGGCCGCUCGAAUUCGAAGACCUGCGCGCUGCCAGCCUCAUCCACGUUCUUGGACAGCAAAACGGCGACAUCGAGCUUGUGCAGCUAUCCCUCGCGCGGUAUCACGGUAUUGCGGCGUGCUUCAAAUUCCACGACGAGCGUUUCUGGCCGCCGACGCUGGAGGAAUGGCAGCGGGAAGAGCGGCGAGCCUUGUUCUGGUCCACAUACACGUCGGACGUGUUCAUCUCGCUCAUCUGGGGUGGGAUGAUCAUGCACCGAGCGUCACAAUGUCAUGUCAAGUACCCGAGUUGGCGGCUCGAUGAACACAACACCUCGGGCGAGACGCACUGGAUCGUGGGGUGGAACACUGUCACGGACCUGUACCGCAUUCUCCACCGCAUCAUCGAGACGGAAGAACAACAGAAGGGUAUGGCUCUCACACAUCCACCUGAACUGCCACUCGAGUUCGCCGAGCCGACUGUUUCCAUAGCGACAGCGUGGCCGGCUGUGCGCGCGCUCGUCGACGCAUUGCCAGCGCAGCUGCGGGAGUGUGCACCGCUGUCAGGCGACGUGUCCCGCGACAUCUACAGCUACACGGCUGCCAACCUACUCGUGACGCUACAGGCGGUGCGCAUGGCGAUCGCCUGCGCCGGGCCACUGCCGAUGCAGGAGCGUUGCGCGGUUGCCGGCGAGCUGCUCGACACGCUCUCUCGCAUCCCUACAGCAUACAUGCAGGGCAUCUCGGUCCCGUUCGUGCAUCAGCUCGGCGCGGUCGGCUCCCUCCUCGGCGGCGUGGUACAAGGUCCACUCACCGUCAGCGCGUACAUCCACGUACGCCAGAUCCUGCUCACGUUGGGCAACAUCCUCUCCCACCUCGAGAGCAGCCUCAAGUGCUCGGGCGGCAUCGCUGAGCGGCUCUUUGACCACGUCGCUCGCAUCGAUACGUUCAUGCAAGCCGAGGCGAGCGGGCGUGGACAGGAACUGUUGCAGGAUGCCAUCCACACACACCGCAUCGCGCCAAAGGCCGAGUCCACCCCCACCGUGCCCUUGACGGCGCACCUGGUCCCUAGUCCUCAGCUUGUGACCGAGACAUCCAACCAUCCGUCCAUUACGCCUUCCGACCAGGAGAUGUUUACCCUCCCCGACGACCUGCUCCAGGACUGGCUGUUUCCCCAGGACCAGGCCCUGUUCGACUCGCUGUUCCGCGGACAGGGGUGA